UGAAAAAGUCCUGCUCAGAAAAACGGUCGUGCAAGUUUUGAAUAUUUAAAAAGUCUAAUUUUAUUCUUAUGACUCUCCCAGUAACCUUUUAAUGCAAUUACGUGCACACCAACUAGCGUUUUAACCAAGUGGUGCCUAACCUAAAAAGACAUGGCGCGAGAAGUCUCUACGAAGUCCUUAGUUGACCAAUGUUUGCAGGCAAAUUUUCAACAUACAUUUAAUAACAUCACCGCUAAUAACCUCAACUUGAAGAAUAGCAGCGCCGUUAAAAUUAUCGUGGCUGUGUGCAAUGCCUGUUAUUCGAAUCUUUCGACUCCGAAUAACAUUAAUGAACAGGACCUGGCGGACUUAGUGAAAUGUUUGUUGAAGUUUAUACAUCAGCCAAGCAAUGAACAGUUUGAGAGCUACUUACAAAGUGCAUUUCAUAUAUUGAAGCUGCUUCAGGAAAAGAAAAACUUCGAGUGCAUAGUCCAACUCCGAGAGCUGUUCAUCCCAGAGUUCAUGCCGGUCAGCCUAACGAAAGAACACCACACAAUCUACGAAAGCAUCUGUAAGUCUAUCUACAAUGUCAUCGUCCGUACAAUUCCAACAGUUGAUGAAACCCAAAAAAGUGGACUCUUGAGACUCACGAUUUUGCAAACUUCGAUACAUAAGAGACUCGGCAGAAAAAACAGUUUCCUCGAAAACGUGCACAAUUGCCUACUGGCGCUACUCAUGCUCAAUAUUUCUCUAGAAGAGUUAAUACAGUAUUAUGACUAUGUGAUAAAAUCGUUGAAUAGUUUGGAAGCGUCGCUUUACCCCGCUGUGAUUAAUAACUUGUCGCUUUUAUAUACACAUUUACUAAAAAACGAAAAGUACAAAUUAGCUAGUCGUUGUUACAACUCAACGUGCGAACGAUUGAGAUCUUUGAAGGGUAAGGAGUUUGGGUUUUUGAACGACAUUAUGGAGAUUGUUGAGUGGGUUAACCCAGGGAAUGGGACCUCAGUGACAACACAAACCCCCGAACGGGUCCAUACUAGUCUAAAGACGUACCACAAGAAUUACGGUUCAACUGCUGCCUUACAGUCCGUUUGUACUUUGGUGUCAUCGGUGGGAUACGCCGUCUUACAAUUAUACAAAAAGAACAACUUAUCCAUCGAAAAUGCGCACUUCUACAAUUUUCUCAACGAUGUGGCAGUCAUAUUGGCCAAAAACCCCUAUACUUGUCAUUGCAAAAAGUGCUCUACUGCCACUAAUAUCAAUGAAGCACUGCGGAUUUUAAACACAAUAGGGGGUUUAGGGCGUUUAUGUAUAACCAACAAAAACGAUCUGUCGCGAAGUUACAAGAUCGAUAUAUUCCGGUAUUUGGAAAAACAAGUCGACUAUGUAACCACCCUCAAAUCCAACAAGUGCGAAAAGUGGGAAAAACACUGGUACGACGUCGGUGUACACCUAUACUCGAUUGGAACCCAUUUAUACCAAAAAAACGAGACUGAAAUGCUUAUGCUAUAUUUACAAAAAUUCGUACGAACCCUUCUCAAGUUGGAAGGUUUCGAACCAAAAAUAAUAGAUAGGACGUACCUCGUUUCCGCCUUUAGUUGUAUCGCAAAUGCCCACUUCGAGAGUCAAGAUUUCGAAAAAAGUCUCCUGCUUAGUUCGCUUGCAAUUAUAUGCAGCGACUCUCCCAAAAAGGAGAUAAACAGAUGGAUUAAAACCAAAGUAGUGAGUCGCGAAAAGUCGAUUGAGGGAAAUUCAGAGUUACAACUACUAACACUUGUUUCGGUUUGUGGUAAAUAUCAAACGGAAUUAGAGACUUAUAUACCGAAAUCGGGGCUUGGUUUGACUACCAAACGCAAAAUUGAGCUUUUGCAUUACGAAUUAAAACAGUAUAACGCGAAAUGGAAGAGUAAAAUACCUAUGAGUACGGUUUUUGGGGAGUUGAGUCAAAUCGCAUCGGCGCAGUUCACCGCUGAGGUUUUUGUGGAGAUUUGGGGUGACGGAGAUUUGAUGGUUCAUGAAACUAUUCCCAGGCUUUUGCAAGGGACUAUUAAACGAGUUGAGGGGGGCAAAAUUUCGACAAAAGAUUUAUUAUUGGCUCAUUUGUAUUUUCUCCAACAUAAGUAUCAAGUGAAGGAUGUUAUUGUGAAGAACUGCGACGAAAUGGAAAAGACUAUGAAUUUAACGAAAACAGCUGAAGCGACUGCCGUUCCGCCUGAUCCUGACGAAGAAUGCGACCUUGUGUCUUCGUAUCAUAGUCUUAAGUUAAGUCGCUAUACUAAGAUGAUGGAGGAAUUGAAUAAGUCACUUGAGUUGAGUCAGAAGUGGAUUGAGAAAAACAACGAUGAUUACGAUAGAGAGAGAUUCUAUAAACUCUUGUCGAACAUAGGGCACGAAUAUUGUUUACACGGACACACAACUAAGUCGCUACUUGCAUGGCAGCUAGCCUUGAAGGUCGCCCAAAGUGUAGACUCCCCUUUAUACAAGUUAGAAGCCACAGGUUUCAUUAUAGAACUAGGAGACAUCCGUAAACCCCUCCUCCAAAACUUGACAGUCGAAGUCGAGAAGGGUGUUAGUACUUUAACAACGAACAACUACGAGGCGCUCAUUGUUUAUUAUCUUUCAAAAGCGGAAGCUUAUUUAUAUGUUGAUUUCAAAAAGGCGUACCUUUCAUUUAAAAAAGCUAUGCAGUACCACCAGAACCACCAAAGUACUAAUAUAAUGCAAGCCCGAAUUCACCUUUUACACCACAAGUUUCUCUCAUUGCCAUGUGAAUACAACGUCCCGGAUCACAAAGAGUACUACCUAGUGAAAAUCCACCAAGCCAACAACUGUGCCACUACGUACUACAACGAAAGUUCAACCAUGUCCUCGUACGAAAUGCGUAUAUUUUUCGAAGUUUACGAAAACAUCGUAAAAAUGUACCAUGAUUUGCGUCAACCUCGAGAAGUGCGUUGUUAUGCUAAAGAUGCCGUUGUCAUUGCUCAGAAAAUGGUACUACCGUUGCGUACUGCCGCACUCUUGUACUAUCUAGCACACGCCGAUAUUGCGACUGGUCGUUUGAAUGAUUGUCGUGUCAAACUUACAGAUUUCAGGGAUAUUUUGAGUCUUAAUAAAAGUAAGAGUGUGGCGAACCUACCGGUACCACCACCACAAAAGAAAGAAGAGGUGGACAUUUUAGUAGAAGACUUUACAGAGAUGGUUUUAGACGUUCCGAAGAACGUAGGCUACACGUCCAGCGGUUCUCCUUGUUUCAAAGUCGAGUCUUUCAAACUCCCGUUUUUCCUUAGUCAUGACGAAGACUGCGAAUGUUUUUAUUGUACGUGUUUUGAGUACCAGGAGUUCGUUUUGAAGCAGACCCUUCUAAAUGCUUUGUUGCAUCAACACGAGGAGAGUUUUUAUGUGUGUAAAGAUUUUUUCUCGGGGUGUAUUAAAAUCUACGAUUAUAUCACACACAGAGAAAGUGUUUAUGUGAAGAAAACCGCAAAGAAGAUAUCAGCGGAUUUAGUACCAGCACUACGAGAGAAGUUCGCUGGGAUAUACUUUUUUAUGUUAGUAGAAUACGCAUAUUUUUUAAUCAGACAGAAGAAACUCAAGGAAGGUGCAAACUUAAGUAAGAAACUCGUAGCCGAAAUUGAACCGUUUAAAUUACAAUUUAUUCACCUCUACAACGAAGUACUAUUACAAAGAUUGAAUAUUCUAUCGCGGAAAAUGAACGUAGAAGAGAAGUGUCCACGUGUCGUUACUCCAGAAAGGAAAGGCGAACCCGACACCAAGACACCUCCUCAGGGUACUGAAGUCGCUCUGCCACCGACUCGUCCUCUGCCGAAAACCUACUCAGCCAAGAAGGUUCGUCCCAAGGCUUUGAAAUUCAAUUCAGCCGACUAUGCAGACGAAACGGUAUACCUGAAACUUCCGCUCCCGAAAAGUAUACCUUCCGAGGCUAAAACGCCAGGGCCGUCUAACAUAGGAAUUUACACCAACAAAUCUCCAAAAAAGUCCAAGUCCGAAAUUCCUGUUUUUAAGGAACCAGGGGUUAAGGAACCUUCGACGUCUAGUGACGCAAGAGAUAAUAAUUUGGCGAUUAGAACCAAGUUAUUAACUGACCGACUGAGGAGUUCCAGUACGUCUCGGAAAGCAGGCAGUGGCAGACAGAAGUCGGAUUGUGAGGACGAGCGGAAAGGGGCGAAGAAAAGAAAUAAGUGAACGUUAUAUUUGUGGAAUUAAAGAUAUAUUUUUUAUAGUUUAUA